UACACUUUCUCUUGUUCACACGCAUGCACGCACACUCUUUCAAGCACUUACGCAAACACAAAUACAAAUUGGACUUGCGUGUGGCUUGGUGGGUAAAGUGCUUGCCAACUAACAAUCGGAGUUCAAUCCAUAUGGUGGGUGGAGAGAACCGGCUCCUUCAAAUUGUCCCCUUACCUCCACAUAUGGCCUAUGGCAUUUACACACACACACACACACAUACACACACACGUGUGUAUGCACAAAUACAAUGAGAAUAAUUUAAGAUCAGAAUGUCGUGCUGGAAGUGCAGAAGGCAUUCCUCUUCAGAGAGGAAGUCGAAACCCUCACUCACUAUCUCUCAGCCAUGUCGUCCUGAAGGCCAGUGAGCGAGCAGGCAGCUUGAUUCAGCGCUUACCGUAGUGGUUUCUGAAUUGCUGCUGGUGGCCCUAAGAACUCACUCCAGGCUUGAGGUCAGUUUGUUUUUCCCAGUGCUGGGAACUGAAUCCAGGAUCUGUCUGUGCUCGGCAAGGACUCUGUCAAAGAUACCAUUGGACGCCUCCUCCUUCAUCCUAAGAUCCCCAACGGCGAGGCUGAGGCAGGAGGACUGUGAAGUUUGAGAUCAGUCUAGGUGACCCACUGAGAUCCUGUCUCCAAGUAAAAGGAUCAGAUCUAGGGGCUGUAGUUCGGUGAAAGAGGCCUUGGGUUCAGUUCCCAGACUGCCGAAAAAAACAACCCAUUGAAAAGCAGCUUGCUGUGAUGGCUUACACCUGUAAGCCCAGUACUUGGGAGACCCAAGCAGGAGGAGUGCUGGGAGUUUGAGGGCAGCCUGGAUAGCUACACAGUGAGACCUUGUCUCAAAGACAAACAAACAAACAUAACAAGCGAGCUGUCCAUCACAGUACCGCUGUGCUAAUUACCAACCCACUGGUUCACUUGACUUCCGUCUAGCAAAGCAAUGUGCUUCUGUCCCCAAAACCCUUCUAUUGUUUCCAGCUAUGACACUUUGCCCCCUGCCUCCUUUCUGUGUGUGACAGCCACAUCUCUCUAUCUCCACUGCCCAGACACGCUUCCAUCUCCAGUCCCACCAUCUGUCCGCAUUCACUGGCUGGGCUCUGCCUCCCGCUGAUACACGCCAGGAUGUGGGUCUCCUGAUCGCUCCCUGGCCUGGGGAAGGUGUCUCCUAGGGCAGGUAAAGGAUCAGUGUAGGCAAAAGGCCUGGUGGGAUUCGGAUGGAAGUGAGAGCCGAGCCUGUGGUUAUGUGACGUAAUGUGUGGUAAGAUCGUUUGAACCACGGCUUCCAGGAGCAGAGCCAGGCAACUGUCUGGCAGGUGAUUUGGGAUUUGAGAACUGCAGGUUCAGUCGGGUUGGGUCCUAGUGAUGCUAGAGGAGAGGAGGAUGCCCAGGGCAUUUGGGAAGCAGAAUUGACAGGACUUGGCAGGUGGCUCUGAGAGAAUGAAGGGAGGAUGAAGCACCGGUGGCCCCAAGCUGGCCAGGAAACUAGUGAUGGACGGGUGCAUCUUGGUGCUGCCCUGUCCCCUCUUCCCGAGUGGUCUUCUGUACCCCUCACUUCUCUCCCAACAGCCCCAUGGAGUGCUCCCUCCUUCACAAACAAGCAAGCCUCCAGCUUGCUGCUCCUACUGUAGUCAAGGUGAUUGCCACAGCAGCUGACAUCAGCGCUCCGGUCCCGAAGGAGCCUGUCACCCUCCAGCCUGCCUACGGCAGGCACGGCAUUACAACCUCUGCAAGGAGCAGAAAGGAGGCAGUUGGACACACACUCCUGUCUGUGUCCCCUGUUCUGAGAACUGGGCGGGGCCAGAAAGGGCCGGUGGCCAAAAAGGAGAGGCUGGAAAGGGAGGCGGGCCUUCAGGGGGCCUCCUCUCUUGACACCUGAAUCUCCAACCCACUUGGUUCCCUGACGUCGGCGGGAGUGGUGGCAGUGGUAACAGCUGUAGUACCUGGGCCAUGGCAGAGGACGGGCCACCGAAGCAGCAGUUGGACAUGCCUCUGGUUCUAGACCAGGACCUGACCAAGCAGAUGCGGCUCCGAGUCGAGAGCCUGAAACAGCGUGGGGAGAAGCGGCAGGAUGGCGAGAAGCUGCUCCGGCCAGCCGAGUCUGUGUACCGUCUCGACUUCAUCCAGCAACAGAAGCUGCAGUUUGAUCGCUGGGAUGUGGUCCUGGAUAAGCCGGGCAAGGUCACCAUCACGGGCACCUCGCAGAACUGGACGCCUGACCUCACCAACCUCAUGACGCGCCAGCUGCUGGACCCUGCUGCCAUCUUCUGGCGCAAGGAAGACUCCGACGUCAUGGAUUGGAAUGAGGCCGAUGCCCUGGAAUUUGGGGAGCGCCUGUCUGACCUGGCCAAAAUCCGCAAGGUCAUGUAUUUCCUUAUUACCUUUGGCGAGGGCGUGGAGCCCGCCAACCUCAAGGCCUCUGUGGUGUUCAACCAGCUCUGACGACAGCCCUGGCCACCCUGCCUCUGGCCCACAAUUCCCCCUUGCCUGAACCUCCUGCCUUGUGUAUAUUUGGGGGACAUUCUUCUACCUGUUCCUUCUGUGCUUGACUUGGCUAGAGGUCCCCUGAGUCCUCCAUGGCCCCCUUUCCUGGUGCUAGUGCUGCAUCUCACAGGGAUGACCCAUGGCUCCAUAGUCUAGAAGCUGGACACUGCUGCUGUAGACAAUAGAGGCCUUUUGGGUUCGUGUGGCCAGAUGGAUGGACUUCUUGGACAUCUGCCAUCUCUGCUUCAUUGUGGUGGAGAGAGAGGGACUGAGAGACCAAAAGGCUAACCAAGAGAUCCAAAUAACCAACCACUGGAUUUCCUACAGGGAUGGAAGACUGAGACGUGACGGGAACUGCCUUCUGGGGAACCUGGCAAGAAGGCAUUUGCCUGCUGGAUCAAGCUGGAAGCAGGAGAUGAUGCCCAGUGGUGCUCUGGCAGCAGGAAGGUGCUUUUCCCAGUGUCAACACCAACCUGCUGUGACCUUAGGGCCUUCCAGACACUGGGCAGGAUGACAGCAGGGCUUGGUUUGUCUGGCAGAGGGUGGCUGGCUUUGCAGGUCUGACCCGGGUUGCUGUGGAGAAGGGAAAGAGCCUGUAGAAGCUGACCCAGCUCUAACUACCCACACAUAUGUAUAUAUUGAGAGAAAGCAUGCUAUAUUUGUACGGAUGCAUGCCCGAGGGCUAACGCUAGUCAGGAAUGAGGCUGACUUUAGUUUCGCUGUUGAGCAGUUGGUACUAGGUCCUGGGAUUGGUGGAGGUGACCCUGACUGCGUCCUCCUUGGUGCAGGGCUUCCAGCACUGGGAGACUAAGGCUCAAAUGGGGAGGCAGAGAACCAAGUUAGGGGGGUCCAGGGCUCUGAGCCAGAAACACUGAUGCCCCUGAUAGGACGGCUGGCCUUUGCAGCUUGCUGGUCAGGAGCACAGGUGCUGUGUCCUGCUGUAACUUCUCUGGCCAUUUACUGGUGGUUCUACCAGAGUGGAGGCACAUGGGUAAGGCUUUGUGGCAGUUAUGAUGUCUGAUGUCUGAAGUGGAUUGAAUGUCUCCAGGUGUGAUGUCUAAUACUGGGCUGGCUUCAGAGGCUGUCCAGGUAAACCCAGUCAGCAAACCGACAGGGAAAUAUGGAGGCACGGGUAUCAGCGGAUUCCGUCCUGCCCCAAGCCUCAUUUCUUCCACCCUGUGCAUCCCGAGAACCUCCUUUUAAGGAGAAGCCUCACCUGCCACCUAGCAUCAGUCAGAAGCACCUCAGGUGCCACCCACUCUGUCUCAAGGCUGCCUCCGUUUCAGAUGCCAAUGCAUCAAGAUCUGAAGGUGGGGUCUGUCCAGUGGGUGGGCUGCCAGGAGGGCAAGCCCCAGCUCGGGGUCGGGAUUCUGGAGGCAGGAAAUAGGCUGUGUCACUGGCCCUGGUGGCUAUUGCUUGCAGAAGCACCUGCUAGUGCCUUCUAGACGCUGCUGACUCUAGGGAGCCAUACCUAGACAGGGGCCCCACCUUUCUGAUCUCUCCCUACAGCUCUCAAGACCCCGUUGGUUCACGCUGCCUGUCCCCCAAUUCUGUCUCACCCCGUAUUCCCUUUGGGGGCUUGAGUGUCUCUGCCGUGCUUGUCACAUGUCCCCAAUAAAGACCGCAUGCCCUCA